GACCUAACACCGCUACAAACAACAGCAAGCAAAUUAACCCGGCCGGUGCCAAGAAAAGCUUCUAUACCACUAGUCAUAAGCAGCGCAGAUUGAGAGCUAGCUAGCAUGGCGUCGGAGACGGCGGCCGGGAGCGCUCUGGCCGACGAGAAGGCGGAGGCCAUGGAGCAGCAGGAAGCAGGCGGCAAGUCCCGGCUUUCGGGCCUCCUGUGGCACGGCGGGUCCGCCUACGACGCGUGGUUCAGCUGCGCGUCGAACCAGGUGGCCCAGGUGCUCCUCACCCUGCCUUACUCCUUCGCCCAGCUGGGCAUGCUGAGCGGCAUCCUCUUCCAGCUCUUCUACGGCCUCCUCGGCAGCUGGACCGCCUACCUCAUCAGCAUCCUCUACCUCGAGUACCGCACCCGCAAGGAGAAGGACAAGGUCGACUUCCGCAACCACGUCAUCCAGUGGUUUGAGGUGCUGGACGGGCUGCUGGGGAGGCACUGGAGGAACGUGGGGCUGGCGUUCAACUGUACGUUCCUGCUGUUCGGCUCCGUGAUCCAGCUCAUCGGCUGCGCCAGCAACAUCUACUACGUCAACGACCACCUGGACAAGCGGACCUGGACAUACAUCUUCGGGGCCUGCUGCGCCACCACGGUCUUCAUCCCCUCCUUCCACAACUACAGGGUCUGGUCUUUCCUGGGCCUCCUCAUGACCACCUACACGGCCUGGUACAUCGCCGUGGCUUCCCUCGUCCACGGCCAGGUUGAAGGGGUCAGGCACUCUGGCCCCACCACCAUCAUGCUCUACUUCACUGGGGCCACCAACAUCCUCUACACCUUCGGGGGCCACGCUGUCACCGUGGAGAUCAUGCACGCGAUGUGGCGCCCGCAGAAGUUCAAGGCGAUCUACCUGUUGGCGACCCUCUACGUCUUAACCCUGACGCUUCCGUCGGCGUCGGCGGCCUACUGGGCCUUCGGCGACCAGCUGCUGACGCACUCGAACGCGCUGUCGCUGCUCCCGCGCGACGCGUGGCGGGACGCCGCCGUGGUGCUGAUGCUGAUCCACCAGUUCAUCACCUUCGGAUUCGCAUGCACCCCGCUCUACUUCGUCUGGGAGAAGCUCAUCGGCCUCCACGACUGCAAGAGCCUCUGCAAGCGCGCCGCGGCCAGGCUCCCCGUCGUCGUGCCCAUCUGGUUUUUGGCCAUCAUCUUCCCGUUUUUUGGCCCGAUUAACUCUGCUGUGGGAUCGUUGCUUGUCAGCUUUACGGUUUAUAUCAUCCCCGCCAUGGCUCACAUGGUCACCUUCCGCUCGCCGCAGUCCCGCGAGAAUGCAGUGGAGCGACCUCCACGGUUCGCGGGAGGAUGGACGGGGGCGUACGUGAUCAACUCCUUCGUAGUGGCGUGGGUCCUGGUGGUCGGCUUCGGGUUCGGCGGCUGGGCCAGCAUCACAAACUUCGUGCAGCAGGUCAGCACAUUCGGCCUCUUCGCCAAGUGCUACCAGUGCCCGCCCCGCCCGGCGGCUUCACCAUUCCUAUCGCCGCCGGUCGCUUUCAGCCCUUCCAUGCCGCCGACGCCAUUCAGCUUCAACUUCACCGGGAUCUUCGCCCCGAUGUCUUCCACCCCGUCUCCGGCCCCGGCACCGAUGCCCUUCGGCCUUGGCCACCACCAUCACCGGCACCACCGCCAUGGUCUAUGAUCGACCGUCGAAUGAGAAGCUAGCUACCACGGUGGUUUCUAGUUAUUUAGCUAGCUAGUUAAUCAGCAAUGUUACUUCAAUUAGCCCUAGCUAGUAGUAAAACCCAAGCCCCUUUUCUACCGUCGUGUCCUUUUUUGUUGUUAUGGUUGUUGUUUGAGAGAUAAAAGAGAGGCAGGGAGAGGGGCUGGUGGCAAGGCUUUGCUACUAGCUCUAGCAACCAGUAGAGUGAGUAGCGCGCAUGUCAGAAAUGCACGUUUGGAGUCUCUCUUGUCCUGUAAUGUGUCCUUUAGCUAGCUUGUGUGUGGAGCUGCUUUUGAGGAAGAAAAAGAAAUUGAAUGUUAGCCUGCUCCUCCUGAUGCA